CUCAUUUACUUCCGGAUAUUUGUAAAUAAACAUUGUUCAACUGUAUUUUGAAGGAAGCCUUUCGCAAGAAGCUACAUAGCAUCAUAAAAUGCAGGGCGGGCCACCCUUGCCUCCAGGAUGGGAGGCUCGAUGGGAUGCUAACCAGGGCGCUUAUUUUUUCAUUGACCACAACACUAAACAGACUACAUGGAUUGAUCCAAGAAUUAAAUUACAAGCUAAUCAGCCCCAGCAACCUCAAUAUGGUGGACAGCAUGCUGCCGCAGCCCAGCUUUUGAACCAAGCAUCUGUGAAAAGUCCUGCAACAAGAGAAAUCCCGCUUAACACUUAUAACAGGGAUGAACAUAGAGACAAAGGGAGAGAACUCACAACAUCCUUUCCUACUAAGCACCCACCACCAGACACAAAUAAUGACAAGUUGGAUGCUUCAAUCAAUGCCCUCAUGAAGAGCCACCCAGGGGCCACCUAUGACAUGGUUAAAGAUAUCCUCGUCAGUGUUAACAACAACCACUCGAAGGCAAAAGAAACAUUGGAAUCCAUGGGUUACAAGCUGAAAACAACAGGGGGCGCUACAUCUGCCAGUCACUCCAGGCAAUCCUCAGCUAAACGGACAGGUCAGACAGGUCACAAGUCCCCAGCGAAAGAAUCCUCGCCUCCAAAAGAGACGAUAUCUGAAGAUCAGAAGAAGAAAAUUAAACAGCGCAUGGCUGGGGCAUUUUCGCAUCUUGAAGCUAAUGUGAUUGAGAUGGCAUUAGAUAUCUGUCACUACAAUGAAGGAAAAUGUCGCACUUUACUGAAAGGCUGGAAUGAUAGGAAGAAGCCAGAAAUAGGUGACAGAUCUAAAACAUCAGACUCAGGGUUCAGUGAAUCCAGUUUCAGUAGACCAGCCACUUCAGAGCCUGCUGCUUUUGAUAUGGAUGCUGGGUUACCAGUCACACUGGAGGCUGAUCCAGACAGCUCCAUAACUUCACCAAAGAAAAAAAGUUCUCCCAAGAAAACUGCAAAAUCACAUCAGGACAGGUCAAGGACACCAGAUCAGCGACCUUCAUCAUCAAGGACACAGCAUCAAAGAACUAAACAUGCAAAAAAGAGCACACACAAGGGAUCUUCAGUAGCCAGACAACCACACACUGUAUCUGAGUAUAAAACAGCUGCCAUUGGUCCUAAUCCAGAUCUAAGGAAAGGUCCAGAUGAUUCACUUCUCAUACAAAACUAUGUAGCAGCUGUGGGUCCUAACCCAGAUCUAAGACACGGCCCUGAUCCCGGGCGGUUAGGGAGCAGAGUGGUAGCCAUGGGACCCAAUCCCGACCUGGUUCACGGACCUAUGUACCUUCAGGACUCUAGGAGGCUGAUUACUGUUUAAGGUGGCAGGCCAAACAACAUACAGGAAGCUAAACAACUGGAAAUGUGAUUGAAUGGUAAUCAUUAGGAGCACUGGAUUUGAAGAUCAAUCUGACAUGCAUGUAUCAUUUUAUGCAAAACUGAAGGGAGUGUGUUAUAAAACUUUUAAUUGUUUAAAAAAAUUUUUUAACUAGUUUGUAUAUUGAAAACAUUUUAAUAUAUAGUUUAUAUAGGCAUUAGAAGUAUCUAAAAAGUCUAUACAUUUUUCAUGUACUUGUAUAUACAUUGAGAAAUUGUUGGAUUUCAAGGUAUUCCUUGUAACUUUUGAGAUUAGAUUUUUCUCUCCUUAAAUGAGCAGUUUGUUUACCUGUACAUCAAUUUUAUCAUUUAAAAAAAAAUCUUGAACUGAACAACUACAUUCUCCACUUAAUUUAUUCAGCAUGCCUAGUCUCCCAUGUUAAAUUUUGUAAAUGUAGCUGUUUCCAAUUGUAAUGUUCAGGUGAUAACCUUGAUUUUUUGUGCAAUUCAUUAAUUUCUUGAAUGUUGUAUCUCUAUUGUAAUGCAUUAUUUACACUUUCUAUGAAAAAACUAAUAAAAACAUAAAAUUCA